AUGAGGCAAGUCUCCAUCUUCCUCAUGGCAAUAGCCUUGGCCUUAGCCUCCGCCGGUACCAUCGAAGCCAUGGGAGACAUCAUAGGGAUGGCCAUCAUGGCAACAGAAGAACACAAGGCAGCUGCACCGAGGAGAAGCCGCUUCCUGGGGGCGACAGAUCCCAAGGGGAAGAGAUGCGACAUCGAUCCGAAUGCCUGCUUGAGUGCCACGACCCCGGGAUCAACCUGCUGCGGUAGCCUGUGCGUUGACACGGACACCGACGUCUCCAACUGCGGCAAGUGUGGCAAGGUUUGCAAGUUCACACAAUCGUGCUGCGCGGGGAAGUGCGUGGAUUUGGCAUUCGACAAGAGGCAUUGCGGGCAAUGCUUCCACAGGUGCAAGAAGAUCUGCUUCUACGGGUUAUGCGAUUAUGCUUAA